UCUCGCGCAGUCGUGUCGCUCGUUUCGAGAAGAACAAAACAGACGCUUCCGUUCGGCGGCAGCGCGUGUGCGAAUCAAAUAUUUGUAAUAAAGUUGUGAUCUAAAGUCUGAGUCGUUCCUCUCAGCGGCUGACAUGGUGAAGUUGACGGCGGAGCUGAUCGAGCAGGCGGCGCAGUACACGAACCCUGUGCGGGACAGAGAGCUCGAGCUGCGCGGCUAUAAGAUCCCCGUGCUGGAGAAUCUGGGCGCCACACUCGAUCAGUUUGACACCAUUGAUCUGUCCGAUAAUGAGAUCAGAAAGCUGGACGGAUUCCCGCUGCUGAAGAGACUCAAAACACUGCUGAUGAACAACAACCGGAUCUGCCGAAUUGGAGAGAACCUGGAGCAGUCUUUACCAGACCUGAAAGAGCUCAUUCUCACAAGCAACAACAUUCAAGAACUGGGUGAUUUGGAUCCUCUUGCAUCAGUCAAAUCAUUGUCCCUCCUCAGUCUCCUCAGGAAUCCAGUUACUAACAAGAAACAUUACAGAUUAUAUGUCAUCAAUAAAAUACCACAGAUCCGAGUUCUGGACUUCCAGAAGGUGAAAAUGAAGGAACGGCAGGAGGCUGACAAAAUGUUCAAAGGCAAACGAGGUGCCCAGCUUGCAAAGGAUAUUGCCAAGCAAACCAAAACGUUCACUCCAGGAGCAGCACUUCAGACUGAGAUCAAAACAGGGCCGUCAGCUGCAGAUGUUGAAGCCAUCAAGAAUGCUAUUGCUAAUGCCACAUCACUGGCUGAAGUCGAGCGGCUGAAGGGACUCCUGCAGUCCGGACAGAUCCCUGGACGAGAGCUGCGAUCAGGAGCACCUAACAUGGUGGAGGAAGAGGAGGAGAUGCAGGAGUCCGAGGCCAUGUGUGAAGAGACGCAGGGAGCAGAGGGAGAAAACGGAGACGCUGAUGACAUGCAGGAAGAUGUGCACAUGAAUGGAUCAUAGAUAUGUUCGCUGGUUGAUGUUUUUAAGAAUCGUCAAUGCUUUUUGAUGCCGUGUUUGACAGCACUUCUUUCAAUAAGUGUUGUUUUUUUUUGUAAAGUACAUUAAACUUUUUUUUAUUAACAUUGA